AUGCCUCGAAAGAAGCAACAAAAGUCGCUACAGCCCAAACGCAUGACAUUGGAGGCCUUGUGGACACACUUGGAAACAAACCUGUGUUACAAAAAGUUCUAUUACGAAUCCUUGCUUCGUUUGGGAGAAUCUCCCGAUGAAAGUUUGAAUUUGGCUGCCGAUCCCUACUUUGAAUUGUGCCAACAACGACUUCAACCACGAGAUUUGGAGCAAUUGUUUUGUGAUUUGGUCUUGUUUCGUUGUGACACUUGUGCUCGGCCUCAAUUUUUUGAGGAACAAGCCAAUAGGAACAACAACAACAAGAACAACAAGAAGCCACUCCUCAAAACAGAAGAUCGACACAAACCGUGGUAUCAAGGUUACAGUCAGGGUUCUAUUGACGUAUCUAGUCAGCUGCUACUAGCAAUGAAUUCUAACAUCAACAAGCGGGAAGAGGGUUCCGAAAGCAGCUACAAUAGCAACCACGACAAAAAGUCUCUCUUGUUGUUGGAAACACAAACCAACGACGAUGAUGAUGGCAAACCGAUUAUUUCGUCUACCUCCAAGCGACGUACUAUUUUAGCGCUUCAUGACCAUUUCGGAAGUUUGCAACAUGCACUGCAAGCCAUUUUGAAGUACACGACUACCAAUAUCAGUAUCAACAAUGCCAAUAUUGUUGACAACAAUGCAGACAAGGAUGAUACUGAUACUGAUACUGACACUGACACUGACACUGACACUGACAAGGAUGAAGAUGAAGAUGCUUCCAAGCGAACCGUAGUCUUUGAUCUGCCCAUUCACGAUGUUCAAGAUGUCGAAUUGCAAGGGCCCGAUAAGGAGAAAAACAACAACGACAACGACAAGAAGUCAUCGAUUACGUCAUCCUCUUCCAGCGUGGCAAUGAUGAAGAUUUGCGACAAGGUGACUUCACUCUUAGAGCCAAUUCGACCCUUCUUGACACCAGAAGCCUAUCAAGCAAUGCAAGCCGUCCUUGUCUUUUUCGACUCUACCAAAUCCAAGGACAUCUUCUUGUUGGGAUACUGUCAUGGAGCGAUUGCGACUUGUUCUUACAUUCUCAAAUGGACCCAAGUGGUGGUCAACAUGUCUCAUAAAAAUGGCAGCAGGGCGAAGAAAUCCAAUGUCAAUGAGACGACUUGCAAUAAUCAUUCUACUUGGAAGACUGAUGAUGUCAAUGCCAAGCUCAUGAAUCUCAAUCUAUUGGCUUCCAAACUCACGGCGGGAACUACGGAAGCAACUACAGAAGCUUCGAAUGCUGAUACUGCGAAAGCGACUGAUAUUACAACUACAACUACUACUACUACCCAAAAGGCUCAUCGUCCUCGUCUCCGUGGCAAGGAAAUGCGUGUUGUUGUCAAGCAUCGAGACGAUGGCGGAGGCAUCACUAGUAGUACUACUUGGCCAUAA